AUGGUACACCCGAGCCUUUUCUAUCGCGACUCCUCCGCCAGCCCCAGAAAUGUCUUCUUCUCCGGAGACCGCUUGGCGUUUGUCGCGCGACAAGGCAAAACCACAUGGAUCAGCAACCGCGAGUCGCAUGCUGCACACUACAUGGACAAGCGGGCCAGUGCGGUCAUGAUGGCGUACCUGUUAUUGUGCAAGCCGCUGGAGGAGCUGUUUGCUGAUUACUUGCAAGAUCGAAACGAAUUGAUCACGUCUGAGGCAAUAGAUCCCAAUUCCCUGACGGAAGAAGAGCAAGAUGAGCUCGAGGCCGACGCGAUGGAGGUCGAAGAUUCAAUCGAGCCAGACACUGUUGGCUCUGUUGACGACCAGCACGACGAUCUACGAGCGGCCAAGCGUGUCGCACAGGAGGGCACGUAUGAGCUGCUGUUCAACAUUGCGCCAAUGCAGCUCGAAAAGCAGCUUCGGCCAGGCCAAGUCUACCGAACCAUCCAGGCCGUGACCAAGCGGUUUCUUGGAACCAGCAUCACUGUCAGCGCAUGGCGGCACAUGAGUGUGGCUUGGCUGCGCAGAACGGCACGCAACGUCUAUGGCCGCACGCAGCUCGAUCACAAGUUUGUGUCCAGUGAAGCACAGUACGGCCAUCAGUUUGUGUCUGAAGAAUGGCACAAGCUCAUGAAGCUGGUAGAUGUAGAGAAUCAGAUCCAAGCUGAGGCCGUAGAUGGACAGACCUGCGUGCAACAAGUGGUUCAUAAACAGGUGGUCAUCCAGUCGUCUCGGGUCAGGAACGCCAGCACACAGGUGCAAGCGACCGUGGGCACGCAAACAGAUCUCGAGGUUGAAGCCUGCCUUGAUGCUGAGGAUGACAUUGACGAUAUCAUUGCCGGGUUGGAUUUAGACGAAGCCGAGGCAGCCGGAUCGUCCAUGCCAGUUGCCGUGCCGCGAGCCGUGGAAGAGGCUGCGUCGACGGCCUUGCAGCAAGAGCCAAGCCAGCACAAUGACCAAACGCAGCAGGAAGAGUAUGAGGAUCAGCUUUGGCUUGCUCAAUGUGUGCGGCAAGCGUGGAAGACAACAUUUCGCGACUGGGAUCAGUAUCGAUUGGCACAGGCUGUGACUCGGCACGAAGCCCAGGAUGGCUGGCUGCUGGCCGUGGCCCCGACGGGCAUGGGCAAGACGCUGUGUACACUCGCUCACCUCCAGCCACGCAAGGUCGUGGUGUGGGUAGUCCCGCUUCGUGAGCUUGCCAGAGACUUGUGCCGCCGCUUCGAGCAGGCAGACAUUGUAUCGCAGUCGGCUAAGAAUGAUGGCCGCGACAUGCAAGUCAACGUUCAAGUGAUUGUCAUGACGGUCGACUUUUUGGUUGGCUAUGGGAUGAGGUGGGUGCAAACUCUCGUGCAGCAGAAGCGUCUGGCCAUGCUGGUGAUGGACGAGGUUCACACAAUGCUCGUGGACACUAGCUAUCGAGACAGCCUUGUUCGCUGCCCAGGCCGGCUGGACCAUCUUCGCCAAGACCCAUCUGUCAAGUGUGUGGGCCUGACUGGCACGCUUUGCCCCAAAGAUGAGCGGGCUCUGCUCCAACAGCUGGAUUGCACGGAGGACGCUUCGUACCAGACCUUUCGUAUGCCAACCAUGCGAACCGAUCUUCGGCUAGGGGUGCAACAAGGAACAACAAAGGCAUUUGAGAUGUUUGUGGAACGCCACUACGACCUGUUGGAGCAAGAGGGCCGCGUGGAUCGCAUGUUGAUUUUUUGUGACACGAAGAAGCAGGUUGAGGCAUUGUCGACUCAGUUGGCACGCACGUUGGGUCACGAGCAGUCGCUGGCCGUGGAUGCUGACAUGUCAGCCGAAGACACGCGAGCCGCUCUUGAGCAGUGGAGGAGCGGCACGCAGAGUCUGGUCUUGGUGGCCACAAGCUGCUUGGGCGCGGGCUUGGACAUGCCCAACGUCCGGAAGGUGAUCUGGUUUGGCAGCGGCUACAACGGCUACACCUUGUCGCAGGCCUUUGGCCGGGCUGGCCGCGACCGACGGGGUGGCGAGGCCACGCUAUGGAUUCCACGAGGCACAGCGGUUUCGGAAGACCUGCAGCCAUUUGCAAGCAUGAAGCGCUGCCUGACCUUUGAGCUUGGUUCGCUGCUGGAUGGUGAGGGCCACAUUUGUGCGGCCGCAGGAGCGCCGGCUUGCACCGUCUGCUCCAUGAUGCAACCGACCAUCACAGCUCGCCAUCCAAGCCGUGAAGCACAUGGGGCGCCAGUAUCACACGAGGGCCAGACGCGGGCCAAACGAGCGCAGUUGAUG